UUUUAGGAAGGGAGGGGAAAUCAAUCUCUCCCAUCCUUUCUUUUCAGUAAUGCUAAGGGAGGUGGAAGAAGUUUAAGAGCAGCAAGGGCUCCGUGAAGAAGGCGGGAAGCUUUCAGAGGGCAGGAAGCGGGGCUGGGUAGCCGGCUUUGUCCAAUGCCAAGUCCAGCAGAGGUGGAGCUUCUGGCAGAGUCUGUGCAUUCGCAACACACCGAUACUGCAGAGUCCUGCCUGGUCCUUUCCCGGACAGAGAGCUGCUUGCAUCUCUUGCCCCUCGGCCUCAUAUAGCCUGAGAUACUGGAAGCGGCACCUGGAGGCUCAGUAGGCCAGGCAGGAGUUGACAGAGAGAGAGCGCGCGCGUGUGCGUGUGUGUGUGUGUGUGUGUGUGUGUGUGUGUGUGUGUGUUUGCGGGGUGGGGGGCCGUCUGGUGAGAGGCUUCGGCUCAAUAACGUAAGGGGUUGGGCAGCCCACGUGACUCUAGGAGGGCGGAGACCAGCUAGCUGGAGGGAGGACUGACAGGCCGCGGGGAGGGUGCGGGGUAGACGGGGCAAUCUGCAUAACCGAGGAGCUGUUCCGCAGCAGCGGCUGCCUGCUGCCUUCCUUUGGCGCCACCAGCCAGCAUCACAGGAGGCAGGGCCGGGCGCUGUAAGUGCGGACGGCCAGCCAUCAACCCCGGCAGCCAGGUCAUCGCCUCCAGCCCUCCGACAUUCAUUCCCAGGAGAAGUCUGCCCUGGGGACCUCUCGACCUUUCCUAAAAGGGAGAUCCCUGGUCACUAGAUGAGUUCCAGAAGCAUCCACUAAGGCUUCUGCAGCCCUCUGCCAUCAGUUGAUCUUCACCACAACCCAUCUCGCUCAGGAUGAGUGGCUUCCUCGCCUCCCUGGACCCCCGGCGAGUGCAGUGGGGGGCUGCCUGGUACGCCAUGCACUCCAGGAUCCUGCGCACCAAACCGGUGGAGUCCAUGCUAGAGGGAACUGGGGCCACCACAGCACAUGGCACCAAGCUAGCCCAGGUGCUCACCACCGUGGACCUCAUCUCACUCGGAGUUGGCAGCUGCGUGGGCACUGGGAUGUACGUGGUAUCUGGCCUGGUGGCCAAGGAAAUGGCAGGACCCGGCGUCAUCGUGUCCUUCAUCAUUGCAGCCGUUGCAUCCAUAUUGUCGGGUGUCUGCUAUGCAGAGUUUGGAGUCCGCGUCCCCAAGACCACCGGGUCGGCCUACACCUACAGCUAUGUCACCGUCGGGGAGUUUGUGGCGUUUUUCAUCGGCUGGAACCUGAUCCUGGAGUACCUGAUUGGCACCGCGGCCGGCGCCAGUGCUCUGAGCAGCAUGUUUGACUCACUGGCCAACCACACGGUCAGCCGCCGGAUGGCGGACAGCGUGGGGACCCUCAACGGCCUGGGGAAAGGAAAACAAUCAUACCCGGACCUUCUGGCUUUGGUGAUCGCAGUCAUCGUCACCAUCAUUGUCGCACUGGGGGUGAAGAAUUCUGUGGGCUUCAACAACGUACUCAAUGUGCUGAACCUGGCAGUGUGGGUGUUCAUCAUGAUUGCAGGCUUCUUCUUCAUCAAUGGGAAAUACUGGUCUGAGGGCCAGUUCUUGCCCCACGGCUGGUCAGGGGUGCUGCAAGGAGCAGCCACAUGUUUCUAUGCGUUCAUUGGCUUUGACAUCAUCGCCACCACUGGAGAGGAAGCCAAGAAUCCCAACACAUCCAUCCCUUAUGCUAUCACUGCCUCCCUGGUCAUCUGCCUGACAGCAUAUGUAUCCGUGAGCAUGAUCUUAACUCUGAUGGUGCCAUAUUAUGCGAUUGACACGGAAUCCCCGCUCAUGGAGAUGUUUGUGGCUCGUGGGUUCUAUGCUGCAAAAUUCAUAGUGGCCAUCGGGUCGGUUGCAGGACUGACAGUCAGCUUGCUGGGCUCCCUCUUCCCAAUGCCGAGGAUCAUUUAUGCCAUGGCUGGCGACGGGCUCCUUUUCAGGUUCCUGGCUCACGUGAGCUCCUACACAGAGACCCCAGUGGUGGCCUGCAUUGUGUCGGGGUUCCUGGCGGCUCUCCUCUCCCUAUUAGUCAGCCUGAGAGAUCUGAUUGAGAUGAUGUCCAUCGGCACCCUCCUCGCCUACACCUUGGUCUCUGUCUGCGUCUUGCUCCUUCGAUACCAACCAGAAAGUGACAUCGACGGGUUUGUCAAGUUUUUGUCUCAGGAGCACACAAAGAAGAAGGAGGGCAUUCUGGCUGACUGUGAGAAGGAAGUUGGCUCUCCUGUGAGUGAAGGGGAAGAGUUUUCCGGCCCAACCACCAACACAUGUGGGGCUAAGAACUUACCAUCCUUGGGAGACAACGAGAUGCUCAUAGGGAAAUCAGACAAGUCGACCUACAACGUCAACCACCCAAACUACGGCACCGUGGACAUGACCACAGGCAUAGAAGCUGAUGAAACUGAAAACAUUUAUCUCAUCAAGUUAAAGAAGCUGAUUGGGCCCCGUUACUACACCAUGAGGAUCCGGCUGGGCCUUCCAGGCAAAAUGGACCGGCCCACAGCAGCUACAGGGCACACGGUGACCAUCUGCGUGCUUCUGCUCUUCAUCCUCAUGUUCAUCUUCUGCUCCUUCAUCAUCUUUGGUUCCGACUACAUCUCAAAGCAGAGCUGGUGGGCCAUCCUUCUGGUCAUUCUGAUGGUGCUGCUGAUCAGCAUCCUGGUGUUUGUGAUCCUGCAGCAGCCAGAGAACCCCAAGAAGCUGCCCUAUAUGGCUCCCUGUCUCCCCUUUGUGCCUGCCUUUGCCAUGCUGGUGAACAUCUAUCUCAUGCUAAAGCUCUCCACCAUCACGUGGAUCCGGUUUGCGGUCUGGUGCUUUGUGGGUAUGCUCAUUUAUUUUGGGUACGGCAUCUGGAACAGCACCCUGGAAAUCAGCGCCCGAGAAGAAGCCCUGCACCAAAGCACGUACCAGCGUUACGACGUGGACGACCCCUUCUCGGUGGAAGAAGGUUUCUCCUAUGCCACAGAGGGCGAGAGCCAGGAGAACUGGGGCGGGCCUGCCGAAGACAAAGGCUUCUAUUACCAGCAGAUGUCAGAUGCACAGGCAAACACCCAGACGAGCAGCAAGGCGAAGAGCAAAAGCAAACACAAACAGAACUCAGAGGCCCUGAUUGCCAAUGAUGAGUUAGAUUACUCUCCAGAGUAGGAGCAAACACGCAAGAAAUGUGUAGAAAUGAUGGUGAUUUAUUUUCAGUAACUUAACCUGUGGGCUAGAAGGUGGAAACGUCUUUGGCUCUCAUUGCAAAAACCCAGCCUUCCCCAAAGUCAGUCCCCAGUCAUAGCCUGUCAUUUGCCACUUCUGCUCUUCAGGAUGGUUCUGUCGAAGGGCUUAACCCAGGUCCCAUAGCUGGUCCCCUUGUAAGAAACAAAAACAAAAAAGCUAAACAAGAAGCUACAAGAAGUUCUACCUUAGGUGCAACCAUCAGAGCUGAUGGCAGCAAACGUUUCCCAGGCCUUCGCUUUGCUGGUUGAAUCUUUUCGCUUCUUACUAAGGCCCCAGGAAGCAGGGAGUAAACUUCUUGGACCACACUGAGGCUGCAGCUCCUCCUGGAGAUGUGCCAAAGCAGGCAGGGGUGGGCACAAGGCAGCAUUUCAACCACCUGAGACCACAAGGGCAAAGCUCUGUUUCAGCGUGCUGGGCUGAGAGCUGCUCCCUGAGGCCAGGUGGCACGUGGCACUUCCUCAGCAAGCCACAUUGUGUCCUGCAAUCUCACAAAAACAAAUUCAUGGAGAUGCAUGCCUCUUGUCCUUCGCCAAGGUUCUCACAAUCUCCCAACUAGAACUUUAGGACACAGCAAAGGUCAGGGACUCUGAGACCAUGACCCCAAAGAUUUCAGACGCACCAUAAAGCAGUCAUGCAGACCCAAUAAUAUGGUGAGAAGCACCAUCAAAGCUCUACUUAAAUGCCCAGGGAAAAAAAAAAAAACUGAAUAACCAUCUCUUGCAGUGAAGGCCAGAAGGGCAUUGGCAAAAAUUAACUCUCUGUCAUGCCUUCUCUUAUACCAGACUCUAAGCUCCUGGUGAUAUGAUGAAAGAGGGCAAAGUAGGAGCAUGAUUUCAUGGCACUAGUAUGCCUUGAAGAAGUAGGCUGUUUGUCUUACGAUCAGAUAAAAAAGCUUUACAAGGCAAAGUGACCCAGCCACUGAGAUCACAUUGCAAACUCUACUUCAGAUUUCUAAAAUUAUAAAUUCUGUAGUUUUGUGAGAUAUGCAACCACUUGAUUGGUGGGUGCUGCUCUGAAAACAAAAAUAUUGAAGCACAGCUACUUAGUAACUGCAUUCCAUGAGGUCACAUUUCACUUCUGAACCUUAUUCCUCUGGAGUAGCUCACUUUUAGAUGUGUAUUUUUCCUGUUAUUUCCCAAAGUAGUUUCACUGAGGCCCAGAGAAAAAUCUGGUAAGGUCUAAAUCUGGGCCAUAGAGGGGGCUCUUAAAGGUAUUUUCUCUGAAACAAGCUGGAAGAGAACAUUUGCAACAAGAAAAAAAACACAUGGUCUAUGCAUUCUAGUCCUGGGUUACAGGGAUUCCAACACUGCCUUGAGAUGUGCACGCAUGUAUGUGAAGGCACAAUUUGGAUCAAGCUAAAAUCUUUGUGAGAAUUUCCCGAAAGGGAGGCGCAAUAGCAAAUUCUUUGCUCUCUCUGUCUCCUGGAUCUAGAGUUAUGCCAAAAGUUUUCCAGAACAUCAACUAAUGUUUAAGUCUAUUCUUUCUUAAAGGUUGAGGUUUGUGCCACCUUGGCAUGUUUCAGGAUUAUAAACAGGAGGCAAAAGCACAUUUUUAUGCAAAACUAACACUGAUCAAGAAUGUAUCAAGUCUUAAGCAAUGCGAAUAAAAAGAAAUGUAACAUCUGUCCUUGGAGGCUCACAGCCCAGGGAACAAGCAGCACCAGAGCCUGAUAAAUGUAGAUAAAACAACCGAACCUGACAAGUCCUCUUGGUUGAUGCCCUGGGCUUUAACAGAAUAUUUUUUAAAAGAUCAACUGAAACUAGUUUUUUUUUUUUAAAUAAACUGCAUAUCCCACCCAUAGCCAAUGUAUGCCAUUUAAAUUCAAAUAAUUACUGUUUCCAGAUCUUCUUUUUCAUUCCUCUAUAUUAAGUGUUUAGAGCUCUGGUUUCCUGAGGUCAUUUUUUCAUUUUAAUUUAAGGCUUGGCAAUGCCAUUUUUCUCUCGCCUAAGAUUAACCAUAAAGAUACAGUGCCUGGUGUGUGAAAUACAUCCUUGGGGAUUAAAUUCGCUAUCAGUAAUUUUUGUGAAAACAAAGUUUCGAACUGGUCUUAGGACUCAACAAAUCUGCCUAAUUUAAACAUAACCUGUUAAACCUGAGACACAUCCAGACAGAUGGGAUGGGGCUGUAUUCCUUAAAAGCGUUCAAAGAGAAAUAUGAAUACAAAAAUAACAAAAUCCUAACGUGAGUGAAAGAGCUUCCUUUUGCUAGUAAGGUGUAGGUACUAGCGUAACCAUUGUCUGGUGGCAGAUGUAUGCAGUUUCUGCAGCAUGAGAAGAGAGAAGGCAUGCUUUGGUAAACCCCGUUGGUACUGAUUUCUUGAAGGCCUUCUCUAAAUCAUUCUCAUUUCAGGAGUCAUUUCUCACCAGUAGCACCUCUAUAUUUUUUUAAGCUUUGCUCUCCUUAUUGCUCUAAAGUUGAUUAGUCAUUUCACCAGUGACCUUGGCUUUUAAAAAAAGUUAGUCAAUAUGAUAGAAAAAGUUUUUCAAGAUAAAUAGACAUGUUUUUCCCUCAUGUUUCCCAGCCUCUGUGAAACACUCCUAGAUUUCACAAUGCAGUUUUCAAAUACCAGAAGCCACCAGAAUGAUUAUAGUAGCGUUUCCUAAUUAAUUUUCUUAAGACCAUAUUUGUGGGACCACGUUAUAAGUAAGAUCACCCUAUAGUUACCUCAGAAACUUAGCCCCUUGAACAGAGUCCAAGAAAGACCUCUAUUUUACUGACUCCUCUGUAGCAAGAGCUCUUUCAGUGAGAUUUCAUCAUGUGGAUUUAUGAUUUGGAGGCAAGUACUUGAUUUUUUUUAAUUGUAUGCUCUUUAUUAGCACUCUGCUUCAUUUCAAGAGGACUUCAGGUGGCUAUAAAAAUACAUACAAUACAGAAAGAUUAAGUGAGGAACUGAGGCAAAUAAAAAUAGAAAUAGAAAGGAUAAGACAAGGCUAGACGUGUAUUUAGUGCACAAAUGCAGAACUUUGACAUGCACUGCUAGAUUUGCCAAUGAGGAGGCAACUUAAGACAUAAUGGAAUUGUUGGUAAUGACAACAAGAAGUGUUCCUGGAUGAUAAGAAUAUAUCCUUCCCCACGAGGGCAGAGAACUGCAAUACCAUAAUAAGCUUCAGAGCCAGAUUUUACCAACUGCAUGUGCUUGGCAUAUAGUGGAUGUUCAAUAAAUAUCUGAUCAGAUGGAUGGGUGGAUGGAUGAAUGAAGGGAAAAGGAAAUAUCAUUUAUUCAACAAUUUUUUGUGGAGAGCUUAUUAUGUGCUGUAGGGGUUCAAAUAUCGAAAAGACCUCCCUCCAUCGGAAAGAUCAUAGAGAAUGCAGCCCUUGUGUUGAGGCUUGUGGGGUGGGGAGACUUUUGCCAGGUAGAAAUGAAGGAGAUGCUCGCCAGCUGGGGGAUCAGCAUGAGUAAGGUGUAGACUGUGGCUAACAGCUGUCUCCUGACUAAUCAUUUGUACCGUGCCUCCUUCAAGGAAAGCAAGAAGCUAGUUUGACAGGAGCACAUGAUUUGUAUUUAGAACUGUAGAAAAUAAUGCUGAGAAGGCAAGUCAGGGCUCACGCACAGAUAGAUGUGAAUGUUGAACUGAGCUGGCUGGCUCUCCUUGGGUGGGGCGGCAAUGAGGAAAUGAUGAAAGUAUGAAUCAGGGAAGGCUGGACUUCAAGAAGCUGGGGCAGUGGCUUCAUCUGCCUAGCAAGGGGCUGAGAAAUUACAUACACACUCCAAGUUGAUUUAACAUACCUAAAGGGGGAAAAUACCCAUACUUAAAACAACGUAUGAUUCUUCCUUUGAAAUCCUGUCUGAUUUCAUCAACUUAGGAGACGUAUAGUCAUUUAACAUGUGGACAGACAACACAAAGUUAUUUCCCAGCCACUUUAAAAUUUUCAACAGUAAAUUUAAACAACCAAACCUAACAACAUUUUAUAUCUAUCUAACCUGAACAGUAAAAGUGCAGCUCAAGAUUUUACUCGAGUGUAAAGCCACUUUGUGAAAGGAAAGGAAUGACAGAAUUAGGUCAAGAAUCCAGUUCUCCUUCUUAGUAACAAACUAAUAGCUAAUCAAAUGUCAACAUAAUGGUCAUGAUGUGCCUGUUUAAUAAAAAGGGGGGGAAAGGUUGUUGAAUUUAAUGAUCCAUCUUUCUCUAGAACCUGUGGUUGGUCAGGAUAUAAACCUAGUAAUAUCGGGGAAACAAAGCACAAACUCCUUCAAAGAAAUGUCUUUCCCCCAUUCUGAAAAGAGUUGAUGAACCUGAACUCCUUUACAUCCCACUUGUGAAUCUACUUUACAAGGGGCUACCUCUUCUCCGCAUUAUAAAGAGAAGCCACAGGAGUUUGAGAAUCUGUCUAAAACACUGGAGGAAAUUGCUGUCCCCUUUCGCACUAGAUUUUAGGAGGGCCGAAUUGUCAGUGGAAGCCCACUGAGGGUCAGCCGCACGUUUACUAAUUCUGUGUCUCAGAUUAAAAUGUCUUGCUGGGUGGAGAUGUCAGAAUGUGUCUGAAGCCACAGUUGGGGUCAACUCACCGAGUCCUGGCGGCGGUUAACAGUCCACGCUGGGAUUUAAGCCCUCGGGCUAGUGCGCACUCCGAAGGCCAGCUUAAUUUCUUAUGCUGGAGGAAAGGGCGGAGCAAAUUCGCCGCCCUCCAAAUUCGCCACGUCGAAUUCGCACUCCAUGGUGUUUAGAACAAGACUUGUCCAGGAAGGUUUUUCUAUCUCAGAUUUCCACGGAGCCUCAGUUUCUCCCAUAUGCACGCACCUCCCGCACGCUGAGGACCCCCUGGCCUACUGGCAAAGACAGGCGCCAACUGGUAACCAGUGAUGGCGCCGCCUUGAGACAGCCAAUAAUGUGUAAGUAAACAACGCGCAAGCGCAGGACAGCGUCCCAACCCGCAGGUCCCGCCGCAAGCGGGAACUUGGAUGCUGUUUCCGCAAAGGAGUUUGCGUUUCUCAACUGGAGUGGUGAUGGCUAGCAGAAAGCCCCUUUCGUGUACAAAUUUGUUAGUCCUGUGUCUACUUUUAUUGUCUCUAAGACUUUUGAGGAGAGGCUCUUGUAAUUUUUCCCCCCUCAGGAGCAACUUUCUUUCUUAAAGGCUUUCCUUUUCUUGCCCGGCUUGAGUAACUCACUCGUCGUUCU